AUGCAGGUGUUCCACUAAUCAAAUGACUUGACGUUCUUUGGCAUUCUUCGGUCACGAGAAAGAAUUAUGGUUUCGAUUAGCAAGUUAAUUGAAUUUGGAACACAUGACGUUCGCUCUGAGAAUAUCCCAGGAUUUGAAGAUUAUCUGUUUCAGAUCCAUACUACAAUAAUUUAUGCUCAGUGGAAGACCUAUUUUAUAGUGAAGUAGCUGCUAUAGCUAUAGACGACAAUGCUUAACUUAAAACGGGAUUUGAUAUUUACGCUGGUGAUAAUUUGCCUGAAGAAUAAUUAUUCAUUAGGAAUCACAGAUUACAAUAUCAGUCUAGAAGACACAUAUGUGUUUCCCGUAUCAUCUUUCGAACUAAAUUCUGCAUUUUCUGAAAGCGACAGAAAACUUAUUCAACUACAUAUCUUCUUUAGGCACGGAAUGCGUGCUCCUGAUUUUUUGUAUCCUAAGGAUCCAAAUCCCGCAAAUAUAUGGAAAGAAGGACUUGGUCGACUCACAAAGCUUGGAAAAUACCAGAAUUAUGCACUUGGACGUCAGCUGAGGUUGAUGUAUAAGGACUUCAUAACAUCUAAUCCACAAGAGGUGAGAGUAUUAAGCGCUAAAAGAAACAGGUGCAUUCUGAGUGCGCUGUGUCACAUGGCCGCGCUCUACGCUCCAGAUGAAAAUUGGCAGUUUGUCCCAGAUUUCCCAUGGCAGCCAAUACCUGUGAAGUACGAAAGUAUAGGAAACGAUAAGUAUUUAGGAAUAGACAGGGAAUGUCCUGCAGCACGUGCGGAAGCAAAUAAUAUAUCAAACUCAGAUGAAGGAAAAGAAAUCAUGGAAUCUCAUAAGGAAAUGUUCAAGGAUUUACAACAUUUCAGUGGAUUUAAAAUUGGCUCUUUGACAGAUGCAGAAGAAUUGGCGGAGAUUUUAGCUAUAGAAAAAGCAAAUAAUUUCACCAUACCUUCCUGGGCACCUCAGUAUUGGAAAGAACUGGAUUACAUAAAUCACGCAGCUUGCUACCUACGUGUACAAUCUAAAAAGUAUCAAAGACUGAGAGCAGGGCCGCUCUUGGGUUACAUAAAAAAGAAAAUGGAACAUAGAAUUGACGGUAGAUCUAGGAAAGUACAUGUUUAUUCAGGGCAUAAGAAAACUGUAACUGCAGUUCUUGGAGCUUUAGAUGUAUACAAUAAGAAAGAGCCUCCCUUCUGUGCAACAAUCAUAUUUGAGCUUUAUAAAGAACGAGAGGGAAAUAGCGUCCGGCUGUUGUAUUUCAAUUCUACAAGUCCUGAAAAUGGCGAUCAAAUACCUCACGUACUUAAGCUUCCGAAGUGUGAGGAGUUUUGUCCUUUUGAAAAUUUCGUAAGAGUUGUUGAAGAAGUAGAGCCCACAGAUUGGGAAAAUGAAUGCCAGUUAUAAUGAUGGUCGAAUACUGUAAAUAUGACUUUAUCCAAUUCGUUCACUAUUUCGGCAUGUUCUUCAAUAAUUAGCUCAUUUUGGAAGCAGAAGCAAGAGAGCUCAUUUAUGACUGAAGCUGGUAACUACUUGAAUUUUCAUAGUUUUGUCCAUCCCAUUAUUAGAGAAACGUGAAUAUAUGUGUCACAAUGAAGUAUCGUUAUCAUUCUCAUUUAAACUGUGCAGCACAAGAACAUGGUGAAUGGAGUUUUCAAAUGGUGUUGAAUCUUAGAAAUCAUUUCGCAACUAAAUUGAAGCUCUUAAAUGAACAAAUACACGAGAGAGAGAACUGCUGCUUGCAUCUCAGAUAAUACAUAGUCUGUGAAGACUAGGAUCAAAUUCUAAAGUAUUAUGUAACGAGUAUUUGUAUUAAUGAAUAUUUGUGUAAAUAAUAUAAAUAACGAAUUGUGGGAUAUAUUAUAAUAAAAUAUGAAAACAA